AUUAACCUUUCACAUUACCCAAAAGAAAAAUCGAAGAAGGAAGACCCAAGAAGAACAGAAGAAAAAGAGGGGUUUUAGUUGAGGGAGAGAGAGGAAGAGGGCCAUUUGUGAUCUUCUGCUCCGAAACUUCACUAUUGAUUCUCAGAGCAUUCUUGAACUUUCUGUCCCACUAAACAGAGUGUUACGACCCGUACCCCAACGACUCACCACGACGUCGUGUUCGGCCGAAACGACGCCGGACGGCGUUGUUUCCCUCGAAGAAAAGAGGGGAGCGCAAGUGCUGUUUUCAUUUGUGAGAAAAUUGUGCGCGUCAGAAAAUAUGGAGUCAGAGCCAGAGCACACACAUACUGAUAUUGACCAAACUGAAGAACAUUGCGCGCGUCAACUGCUAUGUUUGACGGAACAACGUACUAGAGAAGAGCCACAGUACAUACACAUUGACCAAAAUGAGUUCUCGCAUAGAAGACACAAGACACAGACGGAGGAAGAUAUUGCUAUAUGUGAAUGCAAGUAUGAUGAACAUGAUCCUGAAAGUGCAUGUGGGGAGAGGUGCUUGAAUGUACUUACCAGCACAGAAUGCACUCCAGGAUAUUGCCCUUGCGGUGUCUAUUGCAAGAAUCAGAGAUUUCAGAAAUGUGAGUAUGCCAAGACAAAGUUGUUUAGAACAGAAGGUCGUGGGUGGGGUCUUUUAGCAAAUGAGAAUAUAAAGGCCGGGCAAUUUAUUAUUGAGUACUGUGGAGAAGUGAUAUCAUGGAAAGAAGCAAAGCAAAGAUCUCAAGCUUAUGAAAUUCAAGGUCUCAGGGAUGCAUUUAUUAUUUCUCUCAAUGCCUCUGAGUCUAUUGAUGCCACUGAAAAGGGAAGCCUUGCUCGAUUUAUAAAUCAUUCAUGCAAACCAAAUUGUGAGACAAGAAAGUGGAAUGUGUUGGGGGAAAUUAGGGUUGGAAUAUUUGCAAAACAAGAUAUAUUGGAUGGAACUGAGUUGGCAUACGACUACAAUUUUGAAUGGUAUGGGGGUGCUAAGGUUCGCUGCCUCUGUGGUGCACCGAGCUGUUCAGGAUUUCUUGGGGCAAAAUCUCGUGGUUUUCAGGGUGAAACUUCUUCUCGGGGUAGUGGGGUUGGCUCAGAAUGUGCAAUGGACUACACGAGUGAAUUUACGAUGAAUGAGGUUGAUAAUUCUACUCGAGAUAGUGGGGUUAGCUCGGAAUGUGUGAUGGAUUACACAAGUGAAUUUACUACUUAUGAGAUAUUCAAGACUAGAGAGUCCUUAAUGCAGUGGGCUCGUGAGGCUGGAAAGAGAAAUGGGUUUGUUAUUGUGACAAUACGAUCUGAUUUGGGUGGUAAGAGUAUGAAACCAAGAGUUACAUUAGGCUGUGAGAGGGGUGGAAGAUUUAAGGAGAAGAAAACUAAAGUCAAUAAGGGUGCUAAAAAAAGAUGUGGGACUGGCACGAAGAAGUGUGGGUGCCUGUUCACAUUGAAGGGGGAGAAGUUGGCAAGUGGCAAUGGAUGGAUGCUGAAGGUCUUAUGUGGAGUGCACAACCAUGCAUCAAAUGAGUAUUCUGAGGGGCGUUCAUAUGCAGGGAGGUUGUCGGAGCAGGAGACUUCACUCUUGAUAGACUUGUCAAAGAGUUUAGUACGGCCCAAAGAAAUCCUGAACACAUUGAAGCAAAGGGAUGAACUCAAUGCUACAACCAUAAGGACGAUCUACAAUGCACGCCAAAGGCAAAGAGUUAAAGAGAAGGCAGGGAGGUCUCAAAUGCAACAACUUUUAUGUAGGUUGAAUGAGCAUGACUAUGUUGAGUGGCAUAGGGGUUGCCCUAUAUCUGGUAAUGUGCUGGACUUGUUUUGGGCACACCCUGUGAGUUUGGAGUUGUUGCGUGCAUUUCCAACCAUUUUGAUGAUGGAUUGCACGUACAAGACUAAUAGGUAUCACUAUCCCCUACUAGAGGUUGUAGGCAUCACAUCAACUGAUAUUACAUUCUCAGUUGCAUUUGUUUUUUUAGAUUCUGAAAAAGAAGAUAACUAUAUAUGGGCGUUAAGCAGAUUGCGUGGUGUGAUGGUGGAGUGCACUAUGCCAAAUGUUAUUGUCACUGACCUAGAUUUGCCAUUGAUGAGAGCUGUCGAGGUAGUAUUCCCUACAGCCAGACAUCUUUUAUGCAAAUGGCAUAUUAAUAAGAAUGUGCUGUCCAAAUGCAAAAAUUUGUUUGAGUCCAAGGAAAAGUGGGAUAGAUUUAUAAUGAAGUGGAAUGUACUUGUGACGUCUCCUACGGAAAGUGAUUACAAACGGGAGCUAGCAGUGUUACAGAGCGAAUUUAGUAUGUACACUGAGGUCAUGGAGUAUGUUAUAAACACAUGGUUGAAGCCUUUGAAGGACAGAUUUGUGUCAGCUUGGACGGACAUGAUUAUGCAUUUUGGUAAUGUUACAUCAAACAGGGCUGAGGGUGCACAUUCCAAGCUUAAGAGGGAACUUGGUUUGAGUCAGGGGAAUUUUGAGGGUUCUUUUGAAAAUAUACACUCUCUCAUCGAGUUACAACACAUUGACAUAAAGACAUCUUUUGAUAAGUGUUCGACAGUCGUGCAACAUAACUUCAAGUCUUCAGAAUUCAAAUAUUUGAGAGGAGUCGUAUCUAUUUUUGCAUUGGAGAAGGUGUUAUCUCAGUCCAAGCUAGCCGCCUCAAUUGGUGUUGAUGCUUUGGCAUGUGGUUGUGUCAUACGCCGUACCCAUGGUCUACCUUGUGCCCAUGAGAUUGCAGAAUACAAGAGGGAUUGUAGGCCAAUUCCUCUCGAGUCUCUUGACCCCCAUUGGACGAAACUUGAUUUACUGCCUCCUAGUUCUAUUCAGGAUUCCAUGGAUGUGAAUGAGUUUCCGGAGUUGAAGUUGCUUCAGCAGUACUUUCUGGAGGCAAACAAAGAUAAUAGGUUGAUGCUAAGGAAAAGAGUGAGAGAACUUGUAGCACCCUAUACAACUACUCUUGUUGAACCAGGAAUCAAGUCUAGAUUACGAGGUCAAUUGAAGGAGAAAAUUGAUAUGUCCAGUCGACGAGACCCAUAUGCUUUUGAAUUGAGAUCUGCAUCUGUGGAUAGUCACUCACCUAGCUUUACAGGUGAUACAAUGGAUGUUCCGCAAAAUUUUGCACAUAAGAAAACGGAGCGAACAAAGGAGAAGGUGUACCAGACAUUGACGGUGAAAGGUAUUUCGUAUAUUGAUGCGUUCCCAGUUGGAUUGAGGCCCUUCAUUCAGCAAGUCAAGGAUGUAUGUCAUGAUGGUCACUGCGGGUUUAGGGCAGUUGCUGAUUUAGUGGGAUUGGGUGAGAAUGGAUACUUGCAAGUGCGUAAUGACUUGCUCACUGAGUUGUCUUCGUAUUCUGCGCAUUAUGGCGAGUUGUAUGGCACCACAGACAGAGUUCGUGAGUUAGCACAGAUACUAUCAUUCUUUGAUGAGGGUAGAGCGCCAUUCGACAGAUGGAUGACGAUGCCUGACAUGGGUCAUCUUAUAGCGUCAUGUUAUAAGGUUGUACUUUUCCACUUGUCAGCUACUCAGUGCCUUACGUUCCUGCCUCUUCGAUCAGCACCAGUUCCUUCACCAACACGUAGACACAUUGCCAUUGGUUUUAUGAAUGACUGUCAUUGCGUGGAGGUGUUCUUAAGGCCAGGGCAUCCUGUGCCUCCUGUUGCAUCUGAUUGGAUCAGAUGUCAUACGCCGGCAGCACAAGGAUGGGACUCUUUGUAUACUAGUUGUAUUUCACGCUUCAAAUCUCUUGUCAGCUCGGACCAAAUCUGACUUGGUCAGGUGUAUGUCACAAGUUCAAACUGUUUCAGAACACGCUGAGGAUGGUAAGGUUAGAUCACAUAUAUGCACCCGAAAAGAAGGAGAGGUGAUGAAGUGGAUGUUGCUCCCAAAUCCCACCAUAAGGAACCCAAAUUACCUACACAAAUAAUGGCAACGAAUAUUUGAAAUGAUAUACAUAAAGGGAAAGUGAUAAACCUAAUAGUAUGGACAGAGGACGUCUCAAACCUCAUCAAUUACGAAAGCAUCCAACUCCUCUCUUAUGCUGCAAAUCAUUCAUAGUGGCAGCUUUGAUAAUAUCCAAUGAUACACAAGCGGUUUGUCUGAGAUAUAGUUCAUGUUACAACAUGUCUCAAAGAGCAAAUAAGCUUACAUUCUCACACCUCUAAAAGCUUCGAGUGUCCCGCUGUCUGUCUAAUACCAUACCUGGUUAUGUGCCCCAAAUGUAAAUACAUGUAGUUGGGGGACGCAAUUCCCCAUCUCACCUCACCGAACUCCAUAAGCAUAUGAAACUAGAUUAUGCACACUUGUGCACCGCUCUUAUCAGUGAAGAAUGUACAUCUCAACAUACAACAAAUGCUCUCGUAUCCUGAUUGUGCACAUAUCAGCACAACUGAGAAUAAUUGAAAAUCCUCUAAAACUCU